AUGAGAUGUUUGUAUCUAAUCGUCAAGACGUUUAAAUUCGCCACGUUUUCUUCACUUCCAACCUACUUUCAGGAUAUUAACAAAUUGGGCAGUUGGUGUCAGCUUCAAAUCUAUAUCAUCAAUGAGCCGUUACCUGCGUCUGUUUUGGAGGAAGAAUCCAUUGAUCUUAGAACCGCACACCCACGGGUUAAAACGGUUAAAUGGUGCUUUGCGAAUCUUCAUCGACUUCUAAGCCGCCAUGGUGGAGGUUUCAACACCAAGCAAAAGCUGGAAAAUCAAUUUGCAAAGACAUUCAUUGAACAAUUUGUGCCUCAAAUUCUUAAUGCCUUUUGGGGUAUCAUUGAAAAAUGGUCCACGAAACAAAUUUGGCUUUCUGAAGGCUCACUCUACCAUAUGAUCUCAUUCUUGGAACAACUCAUUGAUACGUCUGCCUGGGGUGACUUAUUCAACCAACUCGAAGCUAUAAUGAACCAUGUCAUAGUACCAACAUUGAGUGCAAGUGAAGAGACAAUAGAGUUGUACGAAGACGAGCCUGACGAGUAUAUCCGUCGCUUCUUCGACAUUAAUAGAGAAAGCAAUACCUCUGAUGUGGCGUCCAUCAAUUUCGUCUUUCGGUUAUCUGCUACCAAAUUUAAAACCACCAUUGACUUGGUUUUAUCAAUUGUGAACGAUAUUUUUCAAAAGAGAGCUUCCGACAGAAACAACCUCCAAUAUGCUUUGAAAACGGAAGGUGCGUUGCGUAUCCUUUCCACUCUCUCUUACAAGUUGGAUAAAAAGGUGUCUCCAGUUCACGGCCAGCUCGACCAACUUCUCUACACUUACGUAUACCCAGAAUUGUCUUCCGAUACCAUGAACAAAUUUCCUUUCCUCAGUGCUAGAGCGUGUGAUACAUUGGCCAUGUUUGUCUACAAAUACCAAGAUCAAAAAGUUUUGGAAGAUAUAUUUCAAGGAGUGGUCGCAUGUUUCCAAAACGACUCGCAAUUCCCUAUACAACUUACCGCGGUCGAUGCCUUGAGAACCCUUGUUGACGAAGAAGCAGUAGCUGAACAUAUAUCUGGCCAGGCGCCACAGCUCAUGGGUACAUUAUUAGACAUGUCUAAAAAGUUUGAAUCCGACAUCUUAACUAGUGUUAUGGAUUCAUUUGUGGAGAAAUUUGCCAAGGAUUUGGAGCCGUAUGCCCAAGAGUUGUCUUCGAGGUUGGUUGAACUGUUCUUGAAGCUUGCACACGAAAUCUUGGAUCAACAGUCAGGAACUAAUAACAUCGACAUCGAGAAAGAGUAUCAGGCAUCGGGUAUUUUAAGCACUCUCACCACUCUUGUCAUUGCAAUGAAUGCAUCCCCCGCAGUUGCAGCAUCCAUGGAACCUACGUGCCAAGAUAUGAUCAAAUUUAUUCUUGAAAAUGCCAUGGUUUCGUUUCUCUCUGAGGCAAUUGAAAUACUCGAAUCAAUUCUAUUUGCUACCAAUCAUGUUUCUGCAGUUUCGUGGAGUAUGUUCCAAAUAUGCAUUGAAUCUUUCGAUACCUAUGCCUUAGAAUACUUUGACAGGUUUGAAGCCAUUUUUCGCACAGUAUCAUCAAACUUUAGGUUUCAGUCAUCCUGA